GUCUCGCGCUGUCGCCCAGGCUGGAGCGCAAUGGCGCGAAAUCGGCUCACUGCAGCCUCGACGUCCAGGACCCUAGCGAUCCUCCCGCCUCAGCCUCUCGAGAAGCAGCACAAAACAGAGUAAGACAGUGACAAAGAUACCUGUACAGAGGAGGAAGCUUCAAAAGAAGCCAUUCAUGUAUGGGGUGGGACUGCAGAAGGACCACAGUAGACAAUCCCUCACCAAUAAGGAAGUGUGUUAAUCAGGAGUGGCCAGAAGGCUCCUCUCCAGGCCUCACAGGGGGAAACACUGGUCUAAUGAGAGACCUGGGUCCUGCCCAUCAGGACCGAAGCAGCACGUGCGAGGACCCUGCGGGCCAAGAGACAACAGCGAUUACAAACCCCAGCCCCAGCCUUGCAGCUGACCUUGCAGGUGACACCCUGCCUGGGUGUCUCGGUGCAGCUGCACAUCAGGGGCCUCUGCUGGACAGGAGCUCUGAGUCCACACUCAGCCCCCAGGUGCUGGAGCUGGAGCGCUACCACGAGAGGGGAUGCUGCCGUGGCUGCGCCAGCUUCAGCCCUUUCCCUGCACUGAGAUGUCCCAGGGAGCAGCUGGGUGCUCACAGUUCCCGUUGGGCCAUCAGAGGAAGAUGAAAGAUCAACCCUCCCCCAUGGGCUCCUGCCUGCCUGCCAGGUGGGCUUCCUGCCUGUCUCCCAGCCCCCAAGAGCUCCACGGACUCUGCCGGUAGCUGCUUUAAAGGAGGGAGGGAGUUUUCCGAUCCUCUGGACAUCCCUGGGGCUGGAGCUAUGGGCUGAGCCAUGGGAGAGCCAGCCCAGCUCCCUGGGGGUUGGGGCUGUGUCCCUCUGUCCCUUAGUAAAAAUACAGCAACUCCCAACUCAGAGUCGAGGGUCAAUAGUCACAAAACCUUGGCGCAGCCUGGGAUAGGCAUAGAGGUCUCAGCAGAGCUGCCCAAGGACAAGACCUAAGAUCCAGCAGGGAACUAUGUAGUCACCCCUGAGAGGCCCAGCUCUCUCCGUGAGCUCUGGGCCUAGGGUGGGGGUGGUUGUCGGUUCUGCACGCACUGUUCCCCCUACAUGAUGGGUCCAUCCCACUUGGCUUCUCCCACUCGCUUCCCUCCUGUGGAGAAGCCUGUCCAGGUAUCACUGCCUCCAGGAAGCUGUCUCUGAUUUCUCCAGUUGAACAGUGAGAUUUGCCACACCUCACAUG